AUGGAAAAUCCAAAUACAUCAAAUGAUUUACAAAAAAAGAAAAAAAAGAAAGUUGUUAAAAAGAGUAAACCACAACCAUUAACCAAAUCAAUUCCACAAGUAACACAGCAACCAUUAAAACCAACUAGAUUGGUACCAAAGAAGAAAGCAGAAAUUCGUGAAAUUAAUAUUAAUGAAAUUGGUCAAAAUGAAUUAUCAAAUACCGAUCAUAGAGUAGAGGCUGAUGGUGUUUUAGCUGGUUUAAUCACUCCAAUUAUUAUUGAAGAUUUUUAUAACGAAUAUUUUGGUCUUAAACAUUUACAUAUCAAAAGAUCAGAGAAUGUAUACAAAAACUUUUUCACCAAAGACUCAUUGGAUAAGAUGCUUCGUAACAACUAUAUGAAAUUCACAGAGAAUGUCGAUGUAACAAACUACGUCAAUGAAGAAAGAAUUACUUUGAACCCAGAAGGUAGAGCUUAUCCAUCUUUAGUUUGGAAACAUUAUAAGGAAGGAUGUUCAGUUAGAUUAUUAAAUCCACAAACAUUCAAUUCAAAUGUUUGGAAAUUAUGUAGUAUUUUACAAGGUCAUUUUAAAUGUGGUGUUGGUGCUAAUAUUUAUUUAACACCAGCAGGAGCACAAGGAUUUGCACCACAUUAUGACGAUGUUGAUGUUUUCAUUCUUCAAUUAGAGGGUAAAAAGGAAUGGAGACUUUACCACCCAAAAGAUCAAACAGAAGUUUUACCAAAGAAAUCAAGUGAAAAUUUUGCACAAGAUGAAAUUGGUGAACCAUACUUUACAUGUACUUUAGAAGCAGGUGACCUUUUAUAUUUCCCAAGAGGUGUUAUUCAUCAAGCUGUUAGCCCACCAGAUGUUCAUUCACUUCACAUUACAGUUUCAACCUAUCUUAACAAUACUUGGGGUGAUUUAAUUGGUAAAGUUUUAAAUAGAGCAUUAGAAAUUGCCAACGAAGAUUGUUUGGAAUUUAGAGAAGGUUUACCAAGAGACUACUCAGAUUUCCUUGGUGUUAUUCAUAGUGAUAAAGUUGGCGAGGAAAGAAGAAAGGAACUCUUAGAUAAAGUUGGUACUCUUUGGGAUAAAUUAGGUCAAUAUUUACCAGUUGAUGUUGCUGCUGAUCAAAUGCAUAUUAAAUAUCUUAUCGAUUCACUUCCAACCGCUUUAAAUCAAAAUGAAAAGAAACAUUCAAUCGAAGAUGAAACCAAUCCAAUGAAAAUUAAAACAGAUACAAGAUUUAGAUUAAUAAGACAAGAUAGUGUUAGAUUGGUCGUCGAAGAUAUCGCUAUUCUUUUCCACAAUGCCGAUAAUACUCGUGUUUUCCAUCAAAUUGGUGACGAACCAGGUAUCAUUGAAUUCACCAUCGAAUGUGUCGAUGCAUUAGAACAUAUCAUUGACUCUUAUCCAGCCUACAUCGCUGUUAAAGAUUUACCAGUUGAUGAUGAUGACCAAAAAGUAGAUGUUGUAAGUGCAUUAUACGAAAAAGGUUUAAUUAUGUUUGAAAAAUAA